AAAGGCUCUUCGGAAUGUGUGCCGCGCUUGCACGUUGAUAAGGGAAAUAGAAAAUGCGUAGCGGCUGUUGCAUGGUUUGCAAUUGAUGUGAGUCCAAUCGCUAGUAGUGUGCUAGUCUUUCCAUCCUCCGUUUUUUCAGUUUGUGUUGCAGUUCGGUGGAAUGAGGAAUUUUCAUUCACCCUAUUUCCGCGACUCUAGUGACAGUGAAGACGACGCUGAAAUUGAUAUAGAUCAGUUAGGUAUAACGCACUUUCUAACUGCCCGUACGGAAGAACUUUUGGAAUACGACGUGAACUCGUCGGAUGAAGCUGAGGGUGCAUUGAUUAGCUCGCCCAGACUUUCUGUCAUGGAUGACACGGAUAGCGACGAUACGUACGAGGAGGGAGACGACAGUCUAAUGUCGGACUCUAGCGAGGGUUCCGACAUGGAGGACCAAGCCACCCGCACGCCGAACGGCAACAAGGCAAACCCAACCAAAAGAACAUCAAAUGGUGAAGGUGCAUCGGGUUCGGACUCGGGUUCCGACGUGGAAGAGCAAGCUACCGAUGCGGCAUGCAGUAACAAGGAUGAAGCAACAAAGAAAGCACCAGAUGGUGAAUGCACAUCAGCGUCUGGUCCUUCGCAUCGUGUGAUAGACGAUUAUGAUGAAGAGCUGGAGGAUGAUGAUGUGAUAAAGGCGAUCAUUUCCGAAAUCAAGAAACCACGAUCGAAACCACCAGACAUUCAGACGGAAGAUUUUGUCGUGGACCUAUCGUUCCAUCCCAGCAAAGACAUUCUUGCCGUUGGAACGUCGGUGGGCGAUGUGCUGAUGUACAAGUAUUCGAACGAACAAAAUGUGCUGGCAGCCACGCAUGAACUGCACACGAAAGCGGUCCGUUGUGUGGAGUUCACACGCGAUGGGAAAUCCAUUAUUUCGACAGGCCGGGAACGAUCGAUCGUGGUGGCAGAUAUGGAAACGGGCAAAUUUAAACGGUUCUGGGAAGCUGCACACGAUGAACCGGUCUACUCGAUGGCGAUACUCGGCGAGAAUCUGUUCGCCACUGGCGAUGAUGAUGGUACGGUAAAGUUGUGGGAUUUACGUCAGAAGGAUGCCGUAUUUUCGUUGCGACCGGUCGAGGACUUUAUCUCGUCCAUUCUUGCAAACGGUGUGCAACAGAAAUUUUUGCUGAUGACGAGCGGAGAUGGUCUACUAACGACGAUAAACAUUGCUCAACGAAAAAUGUACGUUCAAUCGGAACCAUACGAAGAAGAGCUAAACUGCUUGGGGACUUUCAAGCGUGAAAGUAAACUGGUGGUGGGCACGUCCAAAGGCAACUACUACACGUUCAACUGGGGCCAGUUUGCAUACCACUGUGAUGCGUUUACGGGACCAAAGGCAAGCGCGAACCGAAUGGUACCGAUUACGGAGCAAAUUGCCGUCAUGGCCGGUGAGGACGGUAUCAUCCGUGCGAUGCAUCUGGUGCCGGGCCGCGUGCUCGGUAUCGUCGGUCAGCAUGCGAUGGCCAUUGACACGUUGGACAUCAGUGGGAGCGGCGAACUCAUCGCUACUAGUUCGCACGACAAUGAUGUUCGCUUCUGGAACAUCAAAUACUUCGAAGAUUUUGACGGUAUCAAAUACAACAGCAAACCGGACCAGCGAACGUUGAAACAUAACUUGCCGUCAUCGCAGCGCAUCAAUGCAACGGACUUCUUUGCCGGGUUGAAUGAUUAGGAGGGCUAAAGGUUUGGGGCGCUAUACUUCAUGUACGGGUAAGCGUAUCUUCAACGUUCAUUCUUUUCGGAACUUUUUCCGCGAAAAGUUGAUUUGUUCUUUGCAUAUAACGCAUUCUUGUAUACUUGAAUGGGUAAAAGGUCCUGCGAAUGGAAGGCAUAGUCCAGUCGAGAUGGAUUGUGGAUGACUUGUGUUGCUCGCCUGCGUGUAAAAAAACACCUCGCGCUACGAGGAGAAUCGGUGCUGUUUAAAUUCGAAACCCGUUACUUGAGGUUUGUUAGGCCGAGCGUUUAGCAAGGCGCUAAAAAGAACUUCUCAAAAGCCUGUCUUUAUCAUUAUAGCUGUGCAGUUCUUCAAGAAAUAAAAUAAAUUUUAUU